AUGGUCGAGCUAUGCGAGCUGAAAAUGCUCCCAGAUGCCGACGAAUGGCCCCCCGACAUCGAUGACCGCAUCGCCAACCUCGAUUUCGGAGCCUCAGACUCCUUGUUUGGCUCGCUGCUCGAUGGCACCGUCUCAACAGACUCCCUCGACUCCGAGCAGCUCCGCCAACGCUGCCAAUACAACAAGGAGGACUACAAAUUGACAAUGGCCGACUCGGGCCAGUGGGCCAGCUCCAUGAUGGUCCACUCCGGGAAGGGCGGCGGCACCGGCGGGUUCACCACUUGGGGCAGAAUCCACAGCCUCGAGCCGCUUGAUGAGAAAACGGCUUCGGCACCGGAAGUUGGAGCAACGACGAGGCCGAGCUCACUGUUGGCCACGUUCUCGCAACGCCAGAGCACCGUUGACGCGGAUUUUGGGUUGGCGCUGGAUGUGAAUGACAAUGAGGUUGGAGCCACGCCGGGAGGAGCAGUGGAUAGAUGGAGGGCUGCCCGGCCGACGACGUUGAUCAAGAGCCCGGGGUUGAAGCCGAGACGGACAUUUGCUGAUUUGCAUUCAACACCUUCCACUUCUGGAUCACCCAGAACUCCGGGGCAACAACAUCGCCAGCCGCCUGAGCUGCAGUUUUUGCAGUUGCCUCAUCAGAUGCCAACCCUGUGCGAGUCUUCAAUGUCAUUUUCGGAUAUUCUGAUGAAGUUGAAAGACCCGAAGACGUCGCAAGAAGCUGGAGGAUGGCUGGAUGAUGUUGGACCAUCCCUAACGAAACACAGCGAUUUUAACCUGUUAUCACCGACAUUAAUGGACGAUACACCGGAUUCUGGGAUCAGCUGCUCAGGGCCGAUCCACAUUGAGGACUGGGCGUCGCUGUCGAUUUUGUUGCCGAGGCACGUCGCUGAAGCCUGCUCGUUCUUCAAGCAAAACAGUAACCUCCUGGGCACGUCGCCACAACAAUCGAAUUGUAUUGAGGGAUCCCGCAAGCUCGUCGAGCCAUGCCGAACGUGCUACCGAGUGAGGCGGCGAUUACACCCCCCAAACUGGGCCCAGAAUGCGCAGAGCCGAACCGUCCUGUGCGACUGUACAGCCUCGGAGAUUGUGGAAAGGGCGCUCGAGUUCGCGCCGAGACCCACGAGAAGUCUCUCGUCUCGGCCAUCCCUGGCCGCCAGAGAAUUGUCGGUUGUCGGGUUGCCGAUUUAUGCGGUGAAGCGGACAUUGGUCGAAGCUGUUGUUGAAGGUGUGGCUGCUGUCCUCCGUGGUGAUGGUUCCUCCUCCCUGGUCGCAGCCAUGGUCUGCCUAAUCCAAGAUGGCCUCCGAGACAAGGGAAAUACAUGGCGGAUGGUCACCGGCCUAACAUCCCCGGGUCCCGCCACGAAAGAGGUGUACUCCAUCGUGCAGCAGAUUGAUGCGUCGUCCGAGCCGAGCGAUCGGAAGGUCGAAAUCUUCUUCGAGGAGCUGUUGAGAGAAUGCUCCCUGGAUUGCUGGCUGUGCUACGUGAUCCUGAAGGAGAACGUGCUCUCCAGAAUGUAUCGUGAAGGCGCCUUCCUCCUCUCUGCCCCAUCCGCCUACCGUAGCCUUUUAUGGCGACUGGUCGAAAGCCUCGAGCUCCUCUCGUCGAUUGAAUCACGAAGUGGAACCCGUUCGAUGUUCUCGUGUGGAGCAUCACGUCUCGCUUCCGACUCCCGGGUCCCAAAAUCGAGCUCGGUCCCCGCUCGGCUCUCACUACCACCCAGUCGACAACUACGAUCCCGGAUACCGCUGCCUGUCAGGAGACCCUGCUACUCGGCCGGCUCGCACUCCAGGCUCCCGCCACGAUCCCAAAUUGCCUCCGUCCUCAUCGACUCCAACGAACCGGGACUAUUGCCGGUUAGGGGUGGCGAAAAGGUGAAAGUGCUGUCGCAGCGCGGCGGAGUCGCGAGAUGUGAGCGGCUACGACGCACUACUCGACACGUUCAGCACGGCAUCGUGCCCGUGUCAAAUCUCUCCCUUCAG